ACGUUUACAGAGAAAACGAAACUUAGACGUAAAAAUACAGUUAACACAGAAAACAUGUAUUUAUUAUGAGAUGUACACUUUGUUCUGAUGCCUUAUGUCAUUUAGGUUGGCUGUCCGACUGCUGAGUUUGAGUUUUCAUGAUGGAGUCGGAAAACUACGUCGCUAAACUGAACGAGUUUGCCCAGAGGAAACGUUGGGAGCUGAGAUACGAAGACGUCGGGUGUACUGGACCUGACCACAUAAAAACAUUUACCCUCAGAGCUAUCCUGAAUGAUAAGGCCUAUCCUGGUGGUGUGGGCAAGAACAAGAAGGAAGCCAAACAGAACGCAGCAAAAAAUACCUUGAGAGGCUUAUUGGAGGAAGCAUCUGAUUCUACAGAACAGGCAGCUGAAGCUUCUACCACACCAGGUCAUCAGACAAGCAUCAGUAGCAUCAACUACAUAUGUUGGCUCAAUGAAUACGGUCAGAAGAACAGACUGAAUAUAAACCCUGUGGAGACAACCAGACUCGGACAACUAAAUACACUUUACUAUUGUAGGUUUGUGGUGGGUGAUAAGGAGUAUCCAACUGCCUCUGGGAAAACAAAGAAAGAAGCUAAGGAGGAAGCAGCUAAGCUGGUAUAUGAUGACAAAUAUGGCAGUAGCACUACCGAGACUGUAGAUGUAAAAAACAAUGUUGUAUCAAGUCCACAAACGGAAAAAGGGAGUCAUAAUGACGAUGACAUUUGUGAAAGGACAAAGAGCUUGAGUGUAAAACCAGAAGACAACAGUAUUAUGGAAACAAAUUUCAUAGGAAUCAUCAACCUCUACUGUCAGAAAACAAGGUCCACUCCGGAUUACAUCCUCAUUCAAAGAUGUGGUCCUUCACAUAGUCCUCAAUUUUUCUACAAAUUGGUGAUCAACAACAAGGAAUACCCUGUUGGUGAGGGUAAGACUAUCAAGGAGGCCAAACAAAAUGCAGCCCAGCUGGCCUGGUGUGCUCUUCAGGAACAGUCAGACUGGGACAACAAGGUAACAUCCUGGUCACCUGUGUCUGAUGAUGUUGCACCAUCCAGGCUGCCCACAGCACCAAGUCCACUGCAAUCCCUUGAUGCGAAAUCAGAAAACAUGCCGACAUCUACAAGUGACUCAGCGAUUGUCAUCAGUCCAUCGAACCCUUCCAAAGAUAAGGAUAAAAAUCCUGAUUUCAAGUCCAAAAGAAAAAUUGCAGCAAACUUCCAAAUUUCUUCCAGAAGGAGAAAAGAGGAUAUGAAGAUCUCUGAUGGUAAAGAAAAGCACAAAGAAAAAAGUUCCAGUGAGAAAAAUUCAAGUAAAACAGUCAUUUCAAGCAGGUUUAUGUCAGAAUUUGACUCCAUAGAGCGCAUUGGCAAAGGUGCCUUUGGUCGUGUUUUUAAGGCAAAACAAAAACUGCUGGACAAAUACUUUGCAAUAAAAAUCGUCCGCUGCAAAGAAAAAGCUCUGCGGGAGGUCGGGACGCUAUCGGACCUUCACCACAGCAACAUCGUUCGAUACUACACAUGUUGGAUGGAGGAUUCAGAAUACCAGUGGGACAGUACAGGCGACAGUUGCAGCACUUCGUUGUCUUCCAGUGAUUCAUCUGCCAAGUAUCUCUAUAUUCAGAUGGAGUUAUGUGACACCAGAACGUUGCGAGUGUGGAUAGAUGAGAGGAAUACUCAGAAUGCGAAAAAAUCUCUGCGAGACUUCAAAAGAAGGGAGGAAAGUCUGGCCAUCGCUCAGCAAAUAGUCAGCGGAGUCGAGUACUUUCACUCUAAGAGGCUCAUCCACAGAGACCUGAAGCCUGCAAACAUCAUGUUUGGUCAGGAUGGAGAAGUGAAGAUCGGAGACUUUGGUUUGGUCACUACUGAGACUGAUGAUGAUGCUGAGAACCUGAUGGAGAGAACAGAGUACAAGGGAACACCAUCUUACAUGGCUCCUGAGCAGAAAAGCAGGAGCACAUAUGACCGAAAAGUAGACAUAUUUGCUUUGGGACUGAUAUAUUUCGAACUUCUUUGGAACCUCCCUGCUGGCCCUGACAGGAAAGCGAUUUGGGAAGAUGCCAGAAACCAGAAACUUCCUCAUGGAUUUUUGCCCAAUUUUCCGCAAGAGAACCAAAUUAUAAAGUCAAUGCUGUGCUUGAAGCCAGAAGACCGACCCGAAGCGAGUCAACUAAAGAAAGAGUUUGAAGAUUGCGCUCAUGCACUUUACACCAUAAAACAUAUGCAUCGACAGAUUAGAACUGUCACAGAAAACGCUGCUGAAAAUCUACCACAGCAGCUUCUUCAGACAAGUAUAUCUGAUGCCAAAUAUGUAAGCUUGCUCACUGAGUAUUGUCAGAGGGAGAAGCUCACCAUAAAACCUCUGGAGUCAAUAUGUCUUAUGACGUUUAGAAAAAGCUGUGCCUUCAGAGUUGGUGGUAAGACGUAUCCAACUUGCUAUGGGGUCUCAAAGAAGGAAGCUAAGGAGGAAGCAGCCAGGCUCGCAUGUCAGAGUUUGGGUGUCAAAGACCAAAAACGGACAAAUUUCAUUGGAAUUGUUGACCACUACUGUCAAAGGACAAAGCGAACCUUUAAUUAUAUUGAAGUGGAAAGGUCUGGUCCUCCACAUAACCCUCAAUUUACCUACAAAUUGGUGAUCAACAAUAAGGAUUACCCUGAAGGGAAGGGAACAAGCAUCAUUGAAGCCAGACAAAAGGCAGCUCAACUGGCCUGGGCUGCUCUUCAGGAUCAGUCAGACUGGGACAGCAAGGUGUCCCUCAGGUCAACCAUGUCGGAAGACAGUACACCAACGAUGUCGUCACCAACAUCUAAUCUGGAGUCAAAGCCAUCGUCACAAAUCCUGCAAAGAACCACAAGUGAACCAGUAGCAUUGACAGACUCAUCGAACACUCAUAAGACUCAGGUGUCUCUCCAGUCAGCUGUGUCUGUUGACAGUCCACCAACCAUGUUGUCAACUCCAUCUUCACUGGAGUCGGUUGAAGCAUCGUCACAAAGCAUGCAAACAUCUACAAGUGACUCCGUAUUGUUCACAGAUUCAUCACAUCGAUCCAAGGACAAGGAUGUUGUUACAAACAACAACACAGAAAACAGACAAAGUGAGACGUCAGCUCAAUCACGGUUUUCUUCAGAAUUUGAUUCCAUAAAAUGUCUUGGUGGAGGAGGCUUUGGGCAUGUUUACGCAGCAAGAGAAAAACUGGUGAACAAGUUUUAUGCUGUAAAGAUUGUUCACUAUAAAGAAAAAGCUCUACGAGAGGUGACAACAUUAGGUGAAAUCUCUCAUGAUAAUAUCGUUAGAUACUACAAUUGUUGGAUAGAGGAUUCAGAACCCCAGUGGGACAACAGUUACAGUGACAGUUACAGCACUUCUCAGUCCUCUAGUGAUUCAUCGCCAAAGUACCUCUAUAUUAAGAUGGAGCUGUGUGACACCAAAACACUCCAUGACUGGAUAAAAGAGAAGAAUGAGAAAACUCUGCAGGAGUCCGAGCGAAGGGCAGAAAGUUUACCUCUAGCACAGCAAAUAGUCAGCGGAGUUGAGUGCAUUCACUCCAAGAAGGUCAUCCACAGAGACCUGAAGCCUGUCAACAUCAUGUUUGGAAAAGAUGGAAAACUGAAGAUUGGAGACUUUGGUCUGGCCACUGCGGAAAUUGAUGAUGACAUCGAAAAACUGAUGAAGAGAACAGGCAAAGCAGGAACCAAAUCUUACAUGGCUCCAGAACAAAGGAGCAAAGGAUACGGCCGCAAAGUGGACAUAUUUGCAAUGGGGUUAAUAUAUUUUGAACUCCUUUGGAAGCUCUCUUCUGGACAUGAAAGAGGAAAGGUUUUAACUAAUGCCAGAAGUCAGAAGCUCCCUGAAGAAUUUUCAGUGAAGUUUCCCCAAGAGAACCAAAUCAUUCUGUCAAUGCUGUGUGAGAAGCCAGAAGACAGACCUGAAGCAAGCGCACUGAAGGCAGAGCUGGAAAAAUGGGCUCUGACAUUCACUGCACAAAAUCAUUCAGAAAAUGUUAGCGAUUAACUUGAGCACUUUUGAGAAGUCAUAGGAAGGUUGAGAAAUCUGUUUCUUUUGAUAUCUGUAUUUUUAUGAAAUCCUUUGAUAUUAACAUAAUGCUUUAACCUCAGAGCCACAACUAUGCAAUGCACAGCAGUCCAUGGUUCUUUGGUUUUCCAAAAACACAUCAGAAUGCUGACAGGGGUCAAUUGUCAACCUUGUCAAUAAUGGACAGCUUAACAAGAAGAUAUUUCAUCAUGGGUUUUACAAAAUAUGACACCAGAUUGUAUAUUAACUUUAAAGCCCCUCUCCAGUGAUUAAUUAAACCCCUAAAAACUAAAAACAAACGACAAAAUCUCUGUGAAUCAAAGUUACAUAUUUAAAAGUUUGUCCAUAAAAAGAAUCUCUUUAUAUCCUAAAACAGCUCAGCUGUAACUCUACACUGUUGCUUCCUUUAGAAUGUGCAGAUUUUCAAAGUCCCUGCAUGCGUCUACAUCUCACUGCAGCUUGGGCACACCGGCUCACCUACUACUCUGCUCAAACACUGUAAAAGUACUCUGUGCUACACAAUGGCAAACUGUAAUAUUGGAAUAAUUCAGCCAUAUAUAUUUGAACUGGGGGAAAAGAAUGAUAGGAGGACUGGCUCCAUAGAUGGGUUACACAUGAAACCUUGAAAGUCUGAAUCCAUGUUUUUAGGACAGUCAUUUGUACGCUGCAGUUUUAAGGUGGAAAUGCUCGGAAACUACUUAUUUCACCAAUGAUGUGUCUUCUAGCACAUAUAAAACAUCAAAUGGUCAUACAGCAAGAUCGUGAAAAAAAUCUUGAGCUCACUGAAGGUGAACUUCAAAAAGUCACUUUAGCAUUGCUUAACCUUCGUCUGCCUUUGUUCUAAGUAAUCAUGUGCUGGGUAACUUCUGUGCCUACAAUUUUCCUUUUAAUCCUAUGCUGGAAAUGAUCACAUGUAUUUAUACUGUGUCAUAUACAUUAUGACCUUUGCCUUGUAAUAAAUAGGCUGAGUUGGAGAAACAAUCCACCA